CGAGGGAAGGGGAGCGCGGCAGCGAGGAGCGGGGCGCAGCGCGGCGGGAGGGCCGCUGCCAUGGGACGCUGACCGGCCCGGGACCCCGGCCCCGGAGCUGGAGCCGCUCGGGAGAGAUGCGCGGCGGCGGGGCGCCGCUUCCUCCCGCCGCGCGAUGAGGGGCUGCGGGGCCGGCGCGGGGCUGCCCGUGCCGCCGCUGCCGCCGCCUCUGCUGCUGCUCGGGGUGCUGCUGGCCGCGGCGCCGGGCGCGGCGCUGGGCAAGGAGACGGCGUUCGUGGAGGUGGUGCUCUUCGAGUCCAGCCCCAGCGGCGACUACACCACCUACACCACGGGGCUGCAGGGCCGCUUCUCCCGCGCGGGGGCCACGCUGAGCGCCGAAGGCGAGAUCGUGCAGAUGCAUCCACUUGGACUGUGUAAUAGCAAUGAUGAGGAAGAUCUGUAUGAAUAUGGCUGGGUAGGAGUGGUGAAAUUGGAACAGCCAGAGUUGGAGCCUAAGCCAUGCCUCACGGUCUUAGGAAAGGCCAAACGAGCAGUGCAGCGAGGAGCCACAGCGGUCAUCUUUGAUGUUUCUGAAAACCCAGAUGCCAUUGAUCAGCUGAACCAGGGCUCAGAGGACCCUCUGAAGAGACCAGUGGUGUAUGUGAAAGGUGCUGAUGCUGUCAAGCUCAUGAACAUAGUUAACAAGCAGAAAGUGGCCCGGGCCAGGAUUCAGCAUCGCCCCCCACGGCAACCCACGGAGUACUUUGAUAUGGGAAUUUUCCUGGCCUUCUUUGUGGUUGUGUCUCUUGUUUGCCUCAUUCUUCUUGUCAAGAUCAAACUGAAACAGCGACGUAGUCAGAAUUCCAUGAACAGGCUUGCAGUGCAAGCACUGGAGAAAAUGGAGACCAGGAAGUUUAAGUCCAAAAGUAAGGGACACCGAGAAAGUAACUGUGGAGCACUGGAUACACUCAGUAGCAGCUCCACCUCUGACUGUGCCAUCUGCUUGGAGAAGUACAUUGAUGGGGAGGAACUGCGUGUCAUUCCUUGCACUCACCGAUUCCACAAGAAAUGUGUGGAUCCUUGGCUGCUGCAGCAUCACACCUGCCCUCACUGCCGCCAUAACAUCAUAGAACAGAAGAAGGGGAAUGCAGCUCCAAUCUGUCUGGAAUCCAUCAACCCAGCACGCAGCCGGCAGCAGAGGGUGAUUCUGCCUGUCCAUUACCCGGGCCGGGUGCACAGAGCAAGCCAGAUCACAGCGUAUCCCACCCGGACCAGCAUGGACCCCCACGGAAACCCCAUCACCUUACUGACAGUGGAGCGACACGGUGAACAGAGCCUCUACCCAGCCCCUUCCCCUGCCUAUAUUCGCAGUUACCAGCCUAUUCAUUUGGACCAUGCUUUAAACACACAUCACUGCAGCCUGGAGCACAGGGCUUACUCUCCAGCUCACAACUUCCGAAGACCCAAGUUUGGUGGACGCAACUUUUCCAAAGCAGCGUGCUUCUCCCGAUACGAGACCAUGUAUCAGCACUACUACUUCCAAGGCCUUAGUUACCCUGAGCAAGAUGGACAGCUUCCAGCUGGCAUUUCCUCAAAGGGUCCUUCCCGUGCCUUUCAGCCUGGUAGCAGCAUGCUUUUCCCUCCUGUGGUACAUGUAAUGCCCUCGUCCCGCUUGGAGAGUGGCAGUACCUCCAGCUUUAGCUGCUACCACGGUCAUCGCUCAGUGUGCAGUGGGUAUUUGGCUGACUGCCCUGGGAGUGACAGCAGCAGUAGCAGUUCUGGUCAGUGCCACUGCUCCUCCAGCGAUUCCAUGGUUGACUGCACUGAGGUCAGUAACCAGGGGGUUUACGGGAGCUGCUCCACCUUCCGCAGCUCUCUGAGCAGUGACUAUGACCCCUACGUUUACCGCAGCAGGAGCCCUUGCCGCGUGGGUGAGGUCGGUGGUGCAAACAGGGGUGCGAUUGUGCUCUUGGAGAGCCCCCACCAGGACGAGCUUCCGGCUCACAGUCAUGCUGUGGUGGGUGCUGACUGCCGGCCUGUGCCAGCUUCUUCCUCAGGGGACCAACUGUCUAAUUGCAGCAUGGAUAUGAACUAUAGCAGUAAUUCCUCACUAGAGCACAGGGAUCCAAAUGGCACUACCUCAGAGGGAGGACCUGAGGCCACUCCUGGUGCUGCCUUGGAUGUUAAAAGGAACUGGAAGAAUCCAGAGAUAGCAGGGUCGAUUUCGGAGCAGGCAUGCGCGUGCUGCUUUGAAUUCCAGCACUCUGCCCUGGAGCCUAGCAGUGGGACAGCUGACUGUAGUGCACUCUUCCUUAGCUCUCCACUGUGGGGGACAUGUGGCCAAGGAAUUGAACCACAGUCAGGGAACACCCCAGGCUUGUACAGUAUUAACUCAGACCACUUACAUAGGACAGAUGGGGUAAAAUAUGAGGGGUUGCCCUGCUGCUUCUAUGAAGAGAAGCAGGUAGCCUGUAGUAGCAACAGUGGCAGUGGAGGUGGUGGCUGCUAUACAGAAGACUAUGCAGUGAAUGUGCAGUACACACUUCCUGAUGACACCUUGCCAAACUGCUGUAAGGGUGUAUGUGAUCUGGGUCAACGCAUUCCCAUCAUUCCUGAGGACAGAGACUGUGAGCUGAUACUACCACCAGAGCACCAAGGGACCCACAUAGGAGGCUGUAGCUCCUGGGAUGGAACACCUGAGCUAGACACUUACCUGCACUGUCAAGGUAUUGGAGAGGUACAGGUCGAGAGGGAGGUGUGCUAUGAGGCAACAUCAUUCCUGCGGCAGAACUACUCUCAGGAGGAGGAAACUGGAAUGCCCUUUCCCAGUCCCACUCUGAACUCCCAGAAGCUUAUGAUGACCACAAAGGCCACAGGUGCUGGAUCUCAUCCCUUGGAGAGAAGCCAAAUCAGUGACUAGACCUGUCCAGAUGAUCCCAGAUGGAGAAGCGGAGCUUAUCAGAGACUCCAAAUUCUCAUGGACUUAAUUUUUUUUAAGCUUUGACAAACACACAAAAGUGGUAAUGUGGAGAAGUCCCUCCCCUACUUCCUCUGUGUUCACAUCAGUUUGAUUGUCUCCUUUGUCCCUCCUGCCUGAAGCCUUCAGGCCUUGAUUUGUGUGCAAAGCCCAUGUGGGACAUGGUGUGGAGCAUUUCUGAGCUCUAGUGCCAUUUCUAUAUUAAUGACAAAGUGUUAUUUAUAUUUUCUUUUUAGAAGUGACCUCUUGCUGAGAGGUAACACAGUGUGUUAAAUAAGCCAGGCUAUGUGUAGAUGCUGUUAUCUCCUACUUGAAGGAGUCCAGCCUUUGAUAAGCUCAGGGCUACACCUGCCUUAGAAACCAGAUAGCACCUUGAAAUAUAGUAAUCCAGAGGGAUACAGCUGCUGAAUGGAUGCUCAGAUACUGACUAAUCCCAGUAGCAAAUCCUAGCAGCCAGCAAGUUAUUUGAGUGAUUUUGAGGGAGGUGAAGCAUUGGACUGUCUCCUUUCUCCUCUUCCCUUCUCCCCCCUUUCAUGCUGCUCUGAUGGUUUGGCUAGGAAGGUGUCCUGCCAUUAGGAUUAGUUUCAACAGAGUGGGGGUAAGGAAACUGAUAGCUCAGAAUGUUCUCAUCCUCACUUCCUGUAUUUAAACCGUGGACCUCAUUGUAUCUUCUGACCAGUGAAGAAUGCUGGGGACCUCUCCCUCAAGCAGAUGCUCGAACAAAGUGCUUAGAAAGGGUAUUACCUUUGUAGGUAAUGAACUUUUUCUUCCAUAGGAAGUUUUUCAGGCACCUGUAGCCCCUGCUACGGCUGUGAGGAAUGCUGGCAUGUGCAGGAAAGCAGAGCUUGCAGUGUGCUCGCAGCUUUGCUGGCUCAUUUUGGAAACAGGGUUUCUUGUUUCCUUACAGGCUGCAAGCAUGCCUAAGGGAAGCAGUGCUUGUCACCUUUUGUGUGUGUGGGAAAGUGAGGGACUUGGUUUGAUCAUUGUUUUCUUCUUUGCUGUGGUUGAUGUAGCUUCCAUAGAUUGAUCUGUUUUAAAGGUUUCUUGGGCCCAGCCGGUUGUGCUUCAUUUUUGUCUUGUGUACAGAGUGCUCUCUGUACCCCAUUAGCCUGGGCACAUACUUUUGUUCUUGUUCUUGUCCUAGUGGGGAUGUUUGUUAUCAUGAGAUAAUUUAUGUCGUCACUUCUGAUAGCAAUUGUUUCCUGUGGAAACAGCAGCUUCUGAGUAAGAGGCUACCAUAGCAUGGGUUAAAUUGCCUGUCAUGCUGCAUGUGCCUGAGGACACAGUGUCAUCCUGUGGUGUAUUCACAGCAGGAAUUCUUCUAAAGGGAAACUAAGUAUUUAAUGCCCACAGUGCCAGUCUUCUGAAAAGAUUUGUCCUAAGUUCAGUACACUUUGGAGAUACUUCAAAGACAUGAAAUAGAGAUGUACACUUCAUAUUCUGCCAAAGCAAUGUCCUUGACAGCACUGGGCUGGUUGUGAGACCCAGCAAAGCUAACUUGUAUUCUCUGUAGUCCCAAAUGAACUAUUUUAAAAGAAGGAAACAGAUAUCUAAGAAAUAACAAAUACAUUUGUCUAUUUUCUUUUGCUUUCAUACCCAGUAAGUUAGGAAAAAAGUUCCACCUAAAGGAAUUCACAUUACAUCUUUUCAGUCAACAAGCACCCAAAUUCAGCUGUUCAGAGAAUUAAUACAAGGUAAUAUCUGGGUAUAAGAUUAAAAGAAAAAUGUCAAUAAACACAUUUUCUGUGUAUAAAGCUUAUUAAAAACUUAUUCAUUCUCUGAAUGACUGAAGUAAGUGGUAUGUAUUGGGAGAACAAACUCUAAAGGUUUGUGAUUUUUGGAUUUUUUUUGAAAUUUUAAAGUCUUACCCUCUCCUUCCUCCACUAGAAAAGAAAUGCAUUGUAGAAGCUAUGGCAUACUAGCUUGGUUAUUCUGCUUGGUGUUUUGUGAGGCACUGUAAAGGCCACCUAAGAUACAUUGUACUCUGUAACUAAAACAGCAUAUUCUGGUAAAAGUGGUUCUUAAAAAGGUUUGAAUAUUCUGGCUCCUGGUGAUCCCAGAUGUACUGGUCCCACACAUUGUGGAAAUCUCUGCUGGUGCAAGUCUCUGCAGGCCAUAGCACAGACACCCUACACCUGCCUUCUGUGCUGGGUCUGACAUUUAACAUAAAACUCUAUGUCCAGUGCAGACUUACAGGCUAGCUGGCCAUGAUAGAUGGUUUUUAUAACAAAAUGCCUUUCUACUACUUACAUGAACAGUUGUCGUUGUGUUUGGCUCAUGAGGCACUAUUUAAAAUGUUUUUAAUUAAAAUUGUCUUAUAGCACUUAAAAUUGUUUUGUAUAAAAUUUGCUGUAAAGAUUUGUAAUAUGGUCAAAGGGCUCUUUCUCCUUCAUUACCAUUUUUAAAAAUGUUUUAAAAGCUAGAAAGCAUCUUGUAUAUAUUCUGUAUAUGUAUAGCAGCACAUUUCAUGUAUGGAAAUAUGUUCUCAGAAUAUUUAUUUACUAAUAUAUUUAUCUUAAGCCAUGUCUUAUGUUGAGAGUGUGUGACAUUAUUGUAAUAAUCACUGAAAAUCACUAACACGAGGCCCUGUAAAUACAUGAUAAUUGCACACAAAGAUUUUACAGUACUUGCCGACCAAAAAUGAUUUAAGAGAAGUGUAGUUACUUGCAGUUUUGUAAGAAAGUGUACAAAUGUCUGUAUUAAAAGAAAAAAAAAAAGGCAAAACCACACAAAAAAUACAGUUUUAUUGCAUAUACAUGUGGGAGUUGUCCUUCUUGUUUUGGGGGAAAGGACAUAGAUAACUGUUCUCCUCAAAGUAUAGUCCUCGAUAUACUGAGAUGAACUCUAAUAAACAACAUUUUUUCCUUUUUUUUUUUUUUUGAAACAACAGAUAGGUGGAUAUGGAAACGCCUUUACACAGCACUCCAGUUACUGGGGGGCAGUGGGGGGUAGGUGUCACACAAGCCCCUGAGCCCCCCAGACACAUGGAAGUACCACAUCUGCUAAAAGAAAUCCUCAUUUAUGUUUGGAACCUGCCUGUUCCUCAUGGCAGGGGAGCUGAACUUGGUUGUAAUUUCAGGUAAAAGUAAUUUAUUGCCCUGAAAGAAAAUUGUUUUGAGAGAGCAUGAUACAGGUGGACACAGCUGGGUGAAUCAUAGCUUGAAUGGUCUAGAUGCAGGUCCUUGCCCUGGAUCAUGGAAUCACUGGUCCUGCUUUAGUGAAAAAUCAGUAUUUUGUUGCUCCUUUUGUCAGCAGAGAGCACAAUUUCAUCAGAGAUGUUUAUGCAGACUCCAGAAGAGGGGAGCCUGGGGCUGUGUGGCUCUGUGUGUGUAUGUACCUGUGUAUUUAUGUGUGUUACUGUGUAAACAGUUCACCCUCAUGUGGUAUUCAUUUCCCAUCCAGUGAUACACUCACAGAGCCUUUUCCAGGAUUCUCCAGCUUCUUCCUGCUCACACAGAUUUUCAUCCGGUAAUCCCCUGGACUUUCCCCAUUUCUCAUCCAUGUUCAAGUGCACUGUAAUUCAAUCACCUCAGGAUUCAGCAAGAAAUGAGCCUUACUUCUCUCCAACCCUCCUUGUUUCGUGUGUGAUAACUCCAUUUGGGAUUAUUUUGUAGGGCAUGAGGACAGUUCCCAUCCUGACAGGUAGGAUGGAAAAGCCUGGUCUGUGUGGGGACAGGCACAACCAUGGAAGAGGAGCAGGUGCUUCCCAAUUAAAGUAUGUGCCCCUUUUUUUGCUCAGUGAGCAGAGUCUUGGCAAUUGCCAGUGAUUACAGAUAUGCCUUUUAUAUGCAAAUUAGUUCACAAAACACUUUUCUUUACAAAUAGCAUAAAGCCCCUGUGUGUGGGUGGCUGGUAACUCAAAUGUUGACAGAUCACAUCUGAAUCUCCCUUCUCUUCCCUCCCUCCACCCCCGAUUGCUGUUGCUGCUGGUGUUCUGUUUUCUUGUUCCCUGUUCUGAAGAAAGCUGCCAGGUGAUUGUGCUUUUAAGAACAGGACAUGCCAGCACCCUCAGUGUCCUGUAGCACACAGUUUGUGGUGAUUGGGAGUGGGGCUGUGGCUGAGCCCCAUCCCCAGUGGCACAGCUGUGAGCAGCAGUGACAGCAAUGAGCCAUGGAGUGCCCAGGGGCACUGAGCAACCACCAAAGGGAGCAGAGGGCACACAGGUGCAGUGCAUGAACGUGAGGGGGAUAAAAGGUUGGGCUAAAGAACAAGAAGGACAGAAAUUUGCAGCCUUCUGAAGUGAGCUGGUGUUACUUACUGUGUAUGGGCAGAUGCGUGAAGCCUUCUGAUCAGGUAUGGUGUUACUCUGUGUGGGCAAAUGCUUAAAGCCUUCUGAAAUUGCGUGGUGACACUGUCUUGUGGCUGUCCCAGCUGUGACAUGUGCUGUGACAGUGUCCCACUGAACAAUCAGGGAGCCUGUGUUCUGUCUGCAUGAAACACAGCAGUGGGCUGCUGGCUGAGCUUGUGUGUGGUGCUUGGCUCUGUGUGACACUCUGUCUAGUCUUUGUUGUGGCUUUUAAAAAAUGACUAAAUGUUCAUUUUGCACAGAAAAUAAUUUACAUUUGGAUACUUGUCAAGGCAGGGAGGUUCUUUUUACUUUCCAGAUUUGAUGCUUAAGGAACAAAUUUGUGACAAAAUCAAAGUCCUGUGGGGCACCACAAACCCUCACAAAACCUUGAUACAGUAGAAAAAGACAAGCAGGAGCAGAUUAUUCAUAGUGGAUUGUACAUUAUUGUAACACUUGGUGUGUCUGUAACACUAUCUGCAAUAUCGUGUGCAUCUGUCAAAUCCUGUGACAGCUGUUGGGUGACGUUUGUUGUUACUUGGGUAGUGUGAAGAGAAAAAUGCCCUUAAAAGGAUGGCCAUGUUCAUACCCUGUGGAGCCAGCCUGGCCUAAUUCUCUGGCCAGGGAGACAAUGGCAUACCUGAAACCAGAUAUUUUAUCUUGCAGUGAAAGCACUGUGCUCCUGUGACUUAAAUGCUGCAUAGAAAAGUGUCUCUUUCAGAAUAAAGAACACAUUUCCCUCGUGGGGAAUGAAACUGCUGCUUAGGAAAGAAGCAAGAAAAAAGAAGGGAACAAUUCCCAGAAAGAACCAAAGUGCCAGAGUCCCAUAACCAGAAUGGCAGGAAAGGAGAGCAACCUCCCCUAUGACAACUGUUUCUAAAAGAAAAAUGAGUCUUCAUGAAAAGCUGGAGACAGUUUUGGUAUUUGUCAUUGGUUUUGUGGUGUUUACAUAAAAGGUUGCUGAAGGUUUCUUAAAAUGUAGCAUUAUUUUGGCCAGGAGGAAUUAAUUAGCAAAAAGAUGAAUUUUGCAACAAAGUGGAAACAGCAUUACAGUGCUGCAAUUACAAAGCAAACCCUGAACAAAUUUAUACAGUUUUUAAAAGUUUGAAAACACAUAAACUGAAAACUUUCAAUUUGCUGGUACCUCAGAAAUUGUCUCAGAGCAGUAUCAUACUUUAUAUGUAAAGUAAUCAUUCUCAGCUCUAAUUACUCUCUUCUAACAUUUACAGCAGGCAGUGCUCUUGUAAUCUGCUGGUGAGCUGCAGCAACUUCUGCCUCCUUUAUUUCAUGCUUGUAUACACUUUAGUCAUCCUAACUGAACUCCUGCUGCACAAAUACACUGUAUUUAUUUUUUCAUAAUUAUUAUUUACAACCAUUUGCUGAAUGCAGGGUGAACAGUUAUAAACACAGUGCAUACUUCAGCAGCGAGUCAUCUCAAGUUUGAUUUAUUCUGCUUUCUUGACAGCCUUAUGUGGUUCCUGUGAUAGCUUUCCUGAAGUUCACAAUGCCAAAUCUCAUCCCAAAGCACAGGUGCUCAGUAAAUCUGGGAAAGUCUGAGUGGCGUGAAAUGUGUCUGGUGGGGAUGUGUUGUUAAAAAAAAUUGAUAUGGUCUGAAGGCAAUUGUAUGUUUCACUCUCAAGGUAGCAGAACUGUUCAUAAAUGUCCAAUAUUCAGGUGAAACUAUCAGUGAACUGUAUUUCAUUGGAAGAUUGUGAAAUACUGCUGCAAGGCAGUAAGAACCAGUCGGACAAGUUUUUGUCAGGAGUUGUUUUUGUAGUUCACCCUUCCUUUAGGCAAAGUGCUGCACUAGAAAACUCUGUUCCUUCCCACUGCCUGAGAAGGCUUAUUAAGCAGAAGAUGAAAGUGGAAUAGCUGCUUAUGCUCAUUCAGUGGCAGCCAUGUGUCUGCUGAUGUGUUUGACCUGUAGCCAUCCAGGCUGCAGAUCCAGUGCAGUUUCCAGGACUAUCCAUACAAAUCUCCUAUUUAUAUUAUUGCUGGGGGGGUUGGAAUACACAGACUUGAAUUCUGCAAUCCCACUGGAUUGUCUGUAUGAGCAAUGUGAUAAACUUCCUCAGCAUUGUCCUGGCUGUAGAAAAUCUGGCAGAAACAAGUCCUAAAGAAGAUUAUGUUAAUGCUUGAUUGAAAAAGCAGAUUACAUGUUUGAUGGUAAAAAUCAUCCAGAGAGUAUAUGCACAUGAAUUUGCAGCAUCUUAUGAAAAGCCUCAUACAUUUACAGGCCAGAAAUGAGAUUCAAAGGAGGAAAGUGUUUCUUACAGCAAUUGUUUUAUCAGCAUCUAUUCUGUCACAAAACUGAGGCUGCGUUCCCCUAUUCUCAAUGUCUUUCUAUUGUAUAUACCAAAGAAGUAUCUUUGAUUUUUUUCCCUAUGGUUACAGUGUAUAGAAAAUUUAUUUUUCCCAGAGUGUAAACUAACAUCUUUUCUUCCUAUAAAAUGUUAGCAAGAUAGAAGCAUAAUAUGCUGUAUUAAAUAAUGCAUUUCCUAUACAUAUACAAAUAUAUAUAUUACUAUGAUAACACAUCACACAUUUUUACAUAACAAAGUCUCUAUUUUCCCACAACAUAACAAUAUUAAGAUAAAAAUACAUAUAAAAUCACAUAGUCAACAAACUAAACUAGUUUUAAAUGUAGAUUCUGAAUGAGGGAAGGCACUUGUGCAGCUGGCCCCUUUCCACCUGAGGUGCACGCACAGUGCAGGCUGCUGGAGCUGGGGGCAGAGCGAAGGCAGCAGGCUCACACAGGGCUGUGGCAGCUCCAGCAGCAGUGCUCAGCUCCUGGGGCAGACAUCUGGCCUCGUCCCUGGCUUAUUGCCUGCUUAGUGUGCUCUCAGGGAGCUCUCAGCUCCCCGUGCAGCCACCCAGUGAGCAAGGUCAGAGAGCUCAGCUCUGUAAAGAAUAACUCAGGGAAGAAAAAGCCAUGGCAGUUUUUGACCUGAUCAGUUUAUUGCACCACUGCACAGCUGGUCACACCAAGACAAGAGUGAGCAGUGGGCCAGAGCAGGAGCUGAAAUGCAUGUGAAGGAGGAGGCAGCUCCUCAUCAGGAUUUGGUUGCCAAAAGAGUUGCUUUUGGCAUUGUAGCCAUUGCAGCCUGUCCAGCCUCUUGAGGGGGCUGCCAGGCAGGAGCUCAGAAGGCUGUUCAGAUACAAUUCCAAACAAAUUCCUCUUCUGCAAUUAUUUUCAAUUUGUUGGAGAAAAUGGUGUAGACACCACCAUCCUGAGGUGUCCCUGCUCUCCAGCUGCCAGCUCUCGGCUGCCUGUGCAGCAGGGCCAUUUCUUUUGUGGGAUUACAGCACUUGUGCAUGGUCACAGUUUUUGCUUCUUUCUCCCCCAAACCCUUACAGCAAAGAUCAAAACAUGCUGUGCUCGUGGGUACCACAUCUCUUGGCCAUAAAUCACCACAGCCUGAAGUGUCUGCACCAGCAGUGUGAGUGACCCUACCACAUUCUGAAAAAAAUCCACACUGCAGAUCUACCUCUCUUCAUGGUGUCAGCCCUGGAAAGUAAUAAGUGCUAUUUAAGGGACCCUGUCCAUGAAUUUCCAUCCAUUGCUCUGUUUGCUAGCACUAGCAGGAUCUGGAAUCAGCCAAU